AUGGUUGAUGAGAUGACUACUUUGCAUCAUAAUCACACAUGGGAGUUAGUUCCAUUACAUCCUGGACAUUUGACUGUUGGGUGUUGCUGGAUUUGUAUGGUCAAAGUUGGUCCUGAUGGAAGUGCUCAAGAUGGUAUUGAACAAUUGAAGAAGCAUUUAUUCAGACACUUUCAAACCAAAGAUUUAGGACUUCUUAAAUACUUCCUUGGUAUGGAAAUUGCUCAGUCCAAAUCUAGUAUUGUUAUCUUUCAGAGAAAGUAUGCACCAGAUAUUCUUGAAGAAACAGGAAUGUCAGAUUGCAAACCAAUAGACUCUUCUAUGGAUCCUAAUUUAAAACUCUCACUUGGACAGGAGGAGCCGCUGGCUGAUCCUGGAAGAUACCGAAGACUGGUUGGUAAACUUAAUUAUCUUACUAUCACACGACUUGAUAUUUCAUUUUCUGUUAGUGUUGUAAGUCAGUUCCUACAGUCUCCAUGUGAUAGUUAUUGGGAUGCAGUUAUUCGGAUUUUAAGGUAUAUAAAAGGUGCACCAAACAAAGGCUUGUUAUACGAGAACAAGGGUAAUUCACAUAUUGUUGGAUAUUUUAAUGCUGAUUGGGCAGGGUCUCCAUCUGAUAGAUGUUCUACUUUGGGUUUUUGUGUUCUUAUUGGAGGAAAUCUAGUGUCUUGGAAAAGUAAGAAGCAAGCUGUUGUUGCCCGAUCAAGCGUAGAAGCUGAAUAUCGUGCAAUGGUCUUUGCUACUUGUGAGCUCAUUUGGUUAAAGCAACUGAUCCAAGAGUUGAAAUUUGUAGAAGUGUCACAAAUGAAGUUACUCUGUGAUAAUCAAACGGCUCUCCAUAUUGCCUCUAAUCCAAUAUUUCAUAAGAGGACUAAGCCGUAA